UUAAACCGAAAGGACACCCUUAUCGACUCCUCAAUGCAAAAAAUAAAAGGGUAGCUAGAAUCGGGGACGAGGGGAACGGAGGUGUAAAUAGAAGGCAAACACUUUCAUUCUCUUUCUCUCUUUGUUAAAUGAAUGGAUUCAUUAUUGAGUGUAAUAUAUAUGUGUAUAUGUCUGAACACGCCUCAGUAGGGACCAGCAGGCGCGCGCAGCUUUGAUGUGUCUUCUUUUCGACUAUCACCUGCAAUUAUAUAUAUGUAAAUAUUUGCAUUAAAAAAAAAACUACAACAGGACCUUCUACUCUUACACGCCGAGAUUCAUUACAAUUACAACUAAGCCUCUGCUACGGUUAUUAGCAGCGUCGGUACUAACUCGUUCCCACUGAGAAGAUGGCAACUUUAACGAACGGGCAGGUGGACGGCGGCACGGGACACGGCGGCGCCGCGAGUACCAACGGGCUCGUGAACGGAUUAAGCCACGGCCACGGUCCCGCGAGCUGCGCCACCAUCCCCAUGAAGGACCACGACGCCAUAAAGCUCUUCAUCGGGCAAAUACCACGUAACCUGGACGAGAAGGACCUGCGACCGCUCUUCGAGGAAUUCGGCAAAAUCUACGAGCUCACCGUGCUGAAGGACCGCUUCACUGGCAUGCACAAAGGCUGUGCCUUUCUCACCUACUGUGCCAGGGAGUCAGCGCUAAAGGCUCAGAGUGCGCUCCACGAGCAGAAGACCUUGCCAGGGAUGAACAGACCGAUCCAGGUGAAGCCGGCAGACAGUGAGAACAGAGGAGAAGACAGAAAACUUUUUGUGGGCAUGCUCAAUAAGCAGCAGUCUGAGGAUGACGUACGGCGUCUUUUUGAGUCCUUCGGGAACAUCGAGGAGUGCACCAUUCUAAGGGGGCCUGAUGGAAACAGCAAAGGCUGUGCCUUUGUUAAAUACUCUUCUCACGCUGAGGCUCAGGCAGCUAUCAGCGCCCUGCACGGCAGCCAGACCAUGCCGGGCGCCUCCUCCAGUCUUGUGGUGAAGUUCGCGGACACAGACAAAGAGCGAACCCUGCGACGCAUGCAACAGAUGGCAGGACAGAUGGGCAUCUUCAGCCCCAUGGCGUUACAGUUCGGGGCCUACGGUGCCUACGCCCAGGCACAGGUCCAGCAGCAGGCUGCGCUGAUGGCAUCGGUGGGCCAGGGGGGCUACCUGAGCCCCAUGGCUGCUUUCGCCGCCGCCCAGAUGCAGCAUAUGGCCACCAUUAAUGGGUUGCCUGCAGGACCCCUGACCCCCACCUCAGGUGGCAGUACACCUCCAGGCAUUGCUCCCCCAGCAGUAACCAGCAUACCAUCCCCCAUCAGUGUCAAUGGCUUCACUGGGUUACCCCCACCCCAGGCGAAUGGACAGCCUCCCGCUGAGGCUGUUUUCACCAAUGGGAUUCACCCAUAUCCUGUUUUGCAGGAGAUCAUAUUUAGAGAGGACUCGGAGAAGGGCGACGUGGGCGUGGCCCAGCGGAGUUGUUUUGGGGUUCAGGGGAGCUGCUUCCUGUCCUCCCUAAAUGAAGCACAGAGUCCCACUGCACCUGACCCACUACAGCAGGCCUAUGCAGGUGUCCAGCAAUAUGCAGCAGCCUAUCCUGCUGCAUAUGGACAGAUCAGCCAGACUUUUCCCCAGGCUCCUGCAAUCAUCCCUCAACAGCAGAGAGAAGGGCCAGAGGGGUGUAACCUGUUUAUCUACCACCUCCCUCAGGAGUUUGGGGACGGCGAGCUCAUGCAGAUGUUCCUGCCUUUCGGUAAUGUCAUCUCCUCCAAAGUGUUUGUGGAUCGGGCGACAAACCAAAGUAAAUGCUUUGGCUUUGUGAGCUUUGACAACCCUGCCAGCGCACAGGCUGCCAUCCAGUCCAUGAAUGGGUUUCAGAUCGGCAUGAAGCGGCUUAAAGUGCAGCUAAAGAGGCCAAAAGAUGCCAACCGGCCCUAUUGACCCCGAGUGACACCCAUCCUGGGGCACAUUACUGCCAGAGUACACAGGGACAGACAGGUUUAAUGGAGCUGGUGACCACGUUGAAAACAUUAAAAUAAAAACAGACAACAUACAAAGUACCAAAAGGGGCUGGAUUUGAACUGCUACAGAAAAAGACUGAACCUGAAGAUGUCAGAGAAUCCAGCAUAGCGAAUACUACCAUUGGACUGCUGAGGAGCGGGAAGAGCAUCCUCUCCGCCUGCAAAGAUCUCGACUUCUCUGGACCAUGCAGAAGCAUUCUUGCCAUUUUAAAACAAAGAUACAAAACAGUGUAUACAUAUAUGAAUUGAAUCGUGGAGCAGAGUGAAACGAAGACACUGCUGGCAUAUCCUGACUAUACAAGAAAAUGUUUAAAGGGAGAUGCGCGAUUGAGCGCAUUGAGAAAAUGACGUGAUUGAGAAAAUAACUUUUUAAAGAAUUUUAGAAGAUGUUAAUAAAAGGAAAAAUAACUGCUUUUCUGAUAAAAAAAAGGAAACUUUUCAAAGGAGUGUGAAAUUUCAGGACAUAAAACUCAAUGCGAUUCGGGUUGGCCAUCUUUACUCGGAGUGCCUGUCCGUUUCCAGGGGAUGCCGCUGCUGCAGCCAGCCGUAGCAACGGUCUCCAGGGAGUCUUACCUGUCAUUCCUUAGUUGUUUUAGGGACCAAAGGACCAAACAUUUUUAUCAUGUAAAGACUUUUAAAAUAUUUGGACCAUUGCAUCUGUUUUGCUGUUUAAACACAUUGAAGAGCUAUGUUUAAAAAAGGCAAAUGCAAGAUUUCCUAUAUGUGUAUAUAUGCAAUGCGUAUAUAUGCAUAUAUACAUAUAUACAUACCUAUAUAUUGCUGAUAUGCUUUUUACACUAUUUUAAACUGUUGCCUGUGAGAACACUCACCACACUAGUUUACAGUCACAGCUCAAUAUCAGAAUAUUUAUUUUUCUGUUCACACUUCCUUUCCAAUGGGAUAUAGGCUGCAGGGGGAAGUUGUGACACUUUUCAGCCUCGUAUCUUAUAAUUUGAUAUCUGAUCAUCAAAAUAUAAUAGCAUACACAUGUGUACAAAGGAUAUGAACAUUUAUAUUUACAGUACAUAUAUAUAAGUAUAUAUAACAAGUAUAUACAUGCUUAAAGUAUUCAUAUAACAAACACAUAUAUGAAUACAUAUAUUUUAUCCAUAAACCUAUAUGUGUGUGUGUGUGGGUGUGCGUGUGUGUGUGUGCGUGUGUGUGUGCGUGUGUUUGUAUGUACAUAGAACAGCUGUUGAACUUCUCAUGUAGAACUGUAAUUUCUUAUGUAGAUUUUAGCUAGAUUUUGGAACAGUGCUCUGGCAAACAGCUUUUACUAAACUGGGAAGAGAUAUUCUGGCAGCUUCCAAAUGCAGGCAUUCUACUCUCUACGGAAAGUCACACACACACGCACACACACACACACACACAUACAUGUGUAUGUGUCGUGUGUAUAUAUGAAUACCUGUACAUAUGUGUAUAAGCUAUUUCAGAAUGCAGGAGGCAUCUUUUCAGAGGCAGGUGUGAGAGACCCGUGCAGUGGUGGUCCCUUACACUCUGCCCUAAACAUAUCUUCUUCUUCUUCUUCGAUCUGCAUACACAUACACAGAGCACUGAGACUUGCUGUAUUUUAAAACUUGAACCAAAAGGAACAUAUCAUAGGAGCUUUUUUUUUCUCCUGUAGAGAUGCAUGCUGGGAACCUGUG